AUGAGGAGGGCCGUGCUGCUGAUGAAGGUGCUCGUGUGCUGGUGCGUGCUUUGCGCGUUCUCGCGGGGUGUCCGGGCGCAGUUUCCGCGCGCUUGCAGCACGGUGGAAGCGAUCGUGUCGAAGCGCUGCUGCCCAUCCCCGAGCUCCGAUGCGGAAGAUGCGUGCGGCGCGCGUUCCGGACGCGGGGCUUGCGACACUGUGCGCACGGACACGCGGCCGUGGGGGGGCACGUACACGCUGCGCAACGUGGACGACCGUGAGCGCUGGCCCACCAAGUUCUACACGCAGACUUGCACAUGCUUUGGUAACUUUGCUGGUUUUGACUGUGGCGAGUGUAAAUUUGGCUGGACAGGGCCAAACUGCAAUCUCCGCAAGGCUCCUGUGACCCGGAAGAACAUCAUGACUCUGAGUGUAGAGGAGAGGCAGAUCUUCCUGGAGGCACUGCAACUUUCCAAACGCACCAUACACCCUCAGUAUGUCAUUGCCACUGAGCACUGGCUUGGCCUGAUCGACCGCGAAACCAACCAGACACGCUUCAGCAACAUCACUGUGUACGACCUGUUCGUCUGGCAACACUACUACUCCGUGAGGGACACGCUGCUCGGUCCAGGACGGCCGUUCAAAGCCAUCGAUUUUUCCCAUAAAGGCCCUGCCUUCAUCACCUGGCACAGGUACCAUCUACUGAGUCUGGAGAAAGACCUUCAGAAACUGAUUGGUGAUGAAAACUUUGCUAUCCCUUAUUGGAACUUUGCUACGGGUGGCUCAGAGUGUGAAGUGUGCACUGAUGACCUUCUGGGAGAAGAAGACCCCAGUAACCCCUCACUCAUCAGCCCUAGAUCACCAUUCAGUGACUGGGGAAUUGUGUGUGACAGCUUGGAUGAAUAUAACCGUUUGGUGACGCUGUGUAAUGGAACAAGAGAGGGACCUUUACGUCGUGGUCUGAAUGAAAGAGGAAAAAUUACUUUGCCAUCGAUGGAUGACGUGCACAGCUGCCUCCAGUUACGAGACUUUGACAGGCCACCAUAUUUUACUAAUUCCACCUUCAGCUUCAGAAACACAUUGGAGGGUUUUAAUAAAGUGGACGGAGAACUUGACAAUGCUGUGACAGGCUUACACAACCUUGUCCAUGACUUCCUCAGCGGCACGAGCGCACAGUCCCACUCUGCCGCCAACGACCCCAUCUUCGUGGUGUUACAUGCCUUCACAGAUGCCAUAUUUGAAGAAUGGCUGCGACGCUUCCCAAAAAAAGACAGUUUUCCUGAAGAAAUGGCUCCAAUUGGCCACAAUCGGCAUUUUAACAUGGUUCCUUUCUUCCCUCCGGUCACAAAUGAGGAACUCUACAUUCCUUCUAUUGAGCUGGGCUAUUCCUAUGAGAUCGACCUCACAGAUGCAGGUCAUUACCCAGCUGCAUUCAUUGUUGCCGGCUCUUGUCUCACUCUUCUCAUCCUCGUCCUCCUUUUGGUUCUGUAUGCACGGCAGAGACGCAGACGCGAGUAUGAGCCGCUCGUCAGUUCUGGAUAUGCUGCUGUGAAAUACACCGAGGAUGCGUGACCAAAAGAAAGAAAGAAAGAAAGAAAUUUAAAGAGUAGUACAAUCAUUAACACAGUAUAUUUUCAAGGCAAUUGUAGUAUGACCAAGAUUAAAAAAUAAGAGUAAAACAACUAAUAUGACUCAUGCUAGCUAGCUAAUUAUCACACUAGUCAGCAUGCUACUUUAUGCCUCAUACUGUUCUCACACUAUUUUCGCUAGUUUGAAUGCUAGUUCUUAGAAGCAGGCUUUUUGGACAAGGGUAUAAGUCACAAAGUUAAAAAAAAAUGCAAAUCCUAUUUACAAGUUAUUUUAAAAAAAAUGUAGAAUGUCGUACUUUAUUUUGAUUUAUUUACCUUCUAAAUGUUUUUACAUUUUAGUACACAACAGUCAUUCUUAAACCAUUUCGUUUACUUUUUGUUUUGCCUGUUAAAAGUGCAGUCUGUGAUUUCUACACUGGAAGUAAUCCUAUUAUGAUUAACAACACUGAUGUGCAGCCAAUCUCACUGGGGUCUGUGAAUUUCAGCCUUAUGUUUGCAUUUUUUAUGUUAAUUAAUGUCACACUGAUGAAUUUGUGCUACAACAACUGCUAAUUAUUAAACUCUAUGAUUUCGUUAUUCCAUAAACUACUCUGAUUAAUGAGUAGGAGCGUGUAGCCGAAUUCAAUCAGUAACUAGCAAUUUUACAAGUCAUCUAAAUAGACAAAAACAUAUAUCAUGGCUGUGUAGGACGUUAGUAUAUCAUUGUGAAUUUAGUAGCUGAGUAGUUGGGUACUGUAGAUUCUCAUGAAAAUGAAACAUAAUUUGAUUUAUUAACGAGUCCUUCUUAUUUGAUAUGACUGGGUAUGUUCCAUGCUUUCUGCUAUUAUGUUAUCAGGAUGUUAAUGUUUCUAUAUUGAAUCAUGGAAAUACAAAGGAUAUAUAAAACAAAUCAAAACAUCAGAACUUUCCAUAACACAGUUUCCUCAGUGCUCACGAGACAAAAAGUACAAAAGGAGUGAGAGGGAAAACUCCAGCUUCCACUGCAAGUACAAUUCCUCUCCCUGAGAUCAGAGGGCUCCAAACUGUCAAUUCCUUAAAAUGAUACUGACACGAACAAGUCUCCUCGGUGUCAUUUUAUAGAUUUUAACACAAACUUUCAAUUUUUGAUGUAACUGCAAGGUGUGGAGAUGAAAAUUCAACAAAAUAAAACAAUUAAACCUCCUGUCACGAAGCGAUGCCUGGAAUUCCCUUCCGCCGAGAAUGGCCCAAACCAGAAAUGACGUAGAUCGGGGAACCCCUGCCUGGAAGGCACGCCUACAGAACAUGUUUUCAUGACAGAACAUGAGCUGUAAGCUAUGGACUAUGUCCGAAAUCAGUCACUCAUUCACUACUCUAGGGAAUUCUAUAUAGAGGACUAUAAAUGAGCUCAUUGGUAAAAUGAAAAAAAAAAAAAAAACCUUUCGGACACUACUGUGCCAUUAUUUACAUCAUUAAACACAAAACAUGCCAAUUCAGUCGGAUGGUGGGUUUUCAAAAUAAU